AUGGGUCACUUUGAGGAUAUCUAUGAAAACACGAUAGAAGAGCAGCCGCACGAGUACUCGGUGUACAAGCCAGAGAGGGGUUAUGGAUGGGCGGAGGCCUUGCCCGCGCGGCAGGGUCUCUACAACCCUGAACUCGAGAAAGAUGCCUGCGGUGUAGGAUUCACAGCCCAUAUCAAGGGCAAGGCAAGCCACAAGAUUGUUAGCGAUGCCCGUAACCUGCUUUGCAACAUGACCCAUCGAGGAGCGGUUGGCUCUGAUGCUCGAGACGGUGACGGCGCGGGCGUGAUGACCAGUAUCCCGCACAAGUUCUUUGUGAAGAACUUUGCUCGUGACGCCGGAGUCGAGCUCCCUCCAUUGGGACAGUAUGCCGCCGGUAACUUGUUCUUCAAGCCCGAUAACGACGCACUGAAGGAGUCCACGAAGGCGUUUGAGGAGAUUGCGCAGUCAUUGGGCCUCCGGGUACUCGGAUGGCGUGAAGUCCCCCGUGACUCGACCAUUUUGGGGCCUGCUGCUCUCUCCCGUGAGCCGGUUAUCCUGCAGCCAUUCGUCGUCUUGAAAUCAGCCUACGGUGACGGCAACAAGCCUGAGAUCACCGAUCCAGAGAAGUUCGAUGACAGACACUUCGAACGACAGCUCUACGUCCUACGGAAGCGCGCAACCCACGUUAUUGGUCUUGGAAACUGGUUCUACCUGUGCUCCCUCAGCAACCGGAACAUUGUGUACAAGGGUCAGCUGGCGCCCGUCCAGGUCUACCAAUACUAUCAUGAUCUGGUCAACGUUGAUUACGAGGGCCAUUUCGCUCUCGUGCACUCUCGUUUCUCCACAAACACAUUCCCCUCGUGGGACCGCGCACAGCCUUUGCGAUGGGCUGCCCACAACGGUGAAAUCAACACCCUGAGAGGAAACAAGAACUGGAUGAGAGCCAGAGAAGGCCUCCUGAAAUCUGAGAUCUUUGGUGACGAGCUGGAGAGCCUGUACCCGAUUGUUGAGGAUGGCGGAUCCGACUCUGCCGCUUUCGACAACGUCCUGGAGCUGCUCAUGAUCAACGGCGUUUUGUCUUUGCCCGAGGCUGUGAUGCUCAUGGUUCCCGAGGCCUGGCAGGAUAACCCAGCCAUGGACCCUGCAAAGGCAGCCUUCUACGAAUGGGCUGCUUGUCAGAUGGAGCCGUGGGACGGUCCUGCUCUCUUCACCUUCUCAGAUGGACGUUACUGCGGUGCCAAUCUGGACCGCAACGGUCUACGCCCUUGCCGUUAUUAUGUCAUGGAUGAUGACCGUAUCGUCUGUGCCUCUGAGGUCGGUACCAUUGAUAUCGACCCUGAGCGGGUCGUUCAGAAGGGCCGUCUACAGCCCGGAAAGAUGCUUCUGGUGGACACUGUUGCUGGUCGGAUCAUCGAUGAUUCUGAAUUGAAGCACACCGUUGCUCACCGUCAAGACUUUGCAGCAUGGUUGGACAAGGAGUUGCUCAAGCUCCCAGCUAUCAACGAGCAGCUUCUCGCUCAGAACGUGGAUCUUAGUACUCCUCUUGAUGACCUGACCGUCCAGAACGACCCUCGCCUGAAGGCUUUCGGCUACUCUUUCGAGCAGGUCAGUCUGCUCCUGGGCCCUAUGGCAGCAGACUCAAAGGAAGCUCUGGGAUCUAUGGGUAACGAUGCCCCCCUAGCCUGUCUGGCUCAGCAGCCUCGUCUGCUCUACGAGUACUUCCGUCAGCUCUUCGCCCAAGUCACGAACCCGCCCAUUGACCCUAUCCGUGAGGCCAUUGUCAUGUCUCUGGAGUGUUAUGUCGGCCCCCAGGGUAACCUGCUCGAGAUGGAGCCUUCUCAGUGCAACCGACUUCUGCUGCCAACUCCUAUCCUCACUCUCGGCGAGUUCAACGCCUUGAAGAACAUGACUACCAUUCACAAGGACUGGCCAGUGCGAACCAUCGACAUCACCUUUGAGAAAAAGAAGGGUGUUCAAGGCUAUAUCGACGCCCUGGAUUUGAUCUGUGAUGCUGUCACCGAGGGCAUUCAGAAUGGAGACAAGAUUCUGAUCUUGUCUGACCGUGCCACUGGUCCUGAUCGAGUUCCCGUUUCGGCUCUCUUGGCCACUGGUCUCGUCCAUCACCACCUGGUUCGCAACAAGUGGAGGUCCCUGGCCGCUAUCGUUGUUGAGACUGCAGAGGCCCGUGAGGUCCACCACAUGUGUGUCCUUUUGGGUUACGGUGCGGAUGCCAUCUGCCCCUACUUGGCUAUGGAGUGCAUUCUCAAAAUGAACCACGAAAAGCUCAUCAGGAAGCAGCUCAGCGACGAGAAGGUCCUUGAGAACUACAAGGCAUCCUGCGACGGUGGUAUCUUGAAGGUGAUGAGCAAGAUGGGUAUCUCUACGCUCCAGUCUUAUAAGGGCGCUCAAAUCUUCGAAGCUCUGGGUAUCGAUGACAGCGUUGUUGAUCGCUGCUUCGCUGGCACUGCUAGCCGUAUCCGAGGUCUGACCUUCGAACUCAUUGCCCAGGACGCUUUCGCGUUCCACGAGCGUGGAUACCCGUCACGCCCCAUUGUCCAGGUUCCUGGCCUUCCAGAAUCUGGUGAGUACCAUUGGCGCGAUGGUGGUGAACCCCAUGUGAACGACCCCGUCAGCAUUGCCAAUAUCCAAGAUGCCGUCCGGACGAAGAACGACAAGUCUUAUGAGGCAUACGCCAAAUCCGAGCAUGAGCAGAUCAAGAACUGCACGCUCCGUGGUCUGCUCGACUUCGAUUUCGAGCAGCGCACCCCGAUCCCCAUCGAUCAGGUCGAGCCCUGGACGGAGAUUGUGCGACGCUUCGUCACUGGUGCUAUGUCCUACGGUUCCAUCUCCAUGGAGUCGCACUCUACCCUUGCCAUUGCCAUGAACCGUCUGGGCGGGAAAUCCAACACUGGUGAAGGUGGAGAAGAUCAUGAGCGCAGCAAGAGAUUGGAGAACGGCGACACGAUGAGAUCCGCCAUCAAGCAGAUCGCCUCUGGCCGAUUCGGUGUUACUUCCGCCUACCUGGCUGAUGCCGAUGAGCUCCAGAUCAAGAUGGCCCAGGGUGCCAAGCCCGGUGAAGGCGGUGAGCUCCCCGGUCACAAAGUCUCCGGACCAAUCGCGCGCACCCGUCACUCCACCCCCGGCGUCGGUCUGAUCUCUCCGCCUCCGCAUCACGAUAUCUACUCUAUCGAGGAUCUUAAGCAGCUCAUCUACGAUCUCAAGUGCUCCAACCCUCGUUCUCGUGUCUCUGUCAAGCUCGUGUCCGAGGUCGGUGUCGGCAUCGUCGCUUCGGGUGUCGCUAAGGCCAAGGCUGACCACAUCUUGAUUUCCGGCCACGAUGGCGGUACCGGUGCCUCGCGAUGGACUGGUAUCAAAUAUGCCGGUCUGCCAUGGGAGCUGGGUCUUGCAGAGACCCACCAGACCCUAGUCCUGAACGAUCUUCGCGGUCGUGUCAUUGUGCAGACUGACGGUCAACUCCGCACCGGACGGGAUGUAGCCAUCGCCUGUCUGCUUGGAGCUGAAGAAUGGGGGUUCGCUACAACUCCUUUAAUCGCAAUGGGCUGUAUAUUCAUGAGGAAAUGCCACACAAAUCAGUGCCCUGUCGGAAUCGCAACUCAGGACCCUGAGUUACGCAAGAAGUUCAGGGGCACUCCCGAACACGUUAUCAACUUCUUCUACUAUGUCGCAAAUGAGCUCCGUGCCAUCAUGGCUAAGCUCGGUAUCCGUACUAUCAAUGAGAUGGUCGGCCGUGCUGAGCUGCUGAAGAUGAGGGACGAUGUCAAAUCCUCCAAGCAGGAGAACAUCGAUCUGUCCCUCAUUCUGACACCGGCGCACUCCCUGCGCCCAGGUGUUGCGACAUACAACGUCCGGAAGCAGGACCAUCGCCUCCACACCCGUCUCGAUAACAAGCUCAUUGCGGAGUCCGAGCUCGCCCUGGAGAAGGGUCUGCCUUGCAGAAUUGAGUGCGACAUUGUCAACACCGACCGUGCACUGGGUGCCACCCUGUCAUACCAGAUCAGUCGUCGCUACGGUGAAGCUGGUCUGCCUCAAGACACCAUUCACGCCAACAUUAAGGGUUCCGCGGGUCAAUCUUUUGGUGCCUAUCUUGCUCCUGGUGUGACACUCGAGCUCGAGGGAGAUGCCAACGACUACGUCGGAAAGGGUCUCUCCGGAGGCCGUCUCAUCAUCUACCCUCCUCGUGGUGCUGUUUACAAGUCCGAGGAGAACAUCAUCGUCGGAAACGUCUGUCUCUACGGCGCUACUAACGGAACAUGCUUCUUCAGAGGUGUUGCAGCUGAGCGCUUUGCCGUCCGCAACUCUGGUGCUACUGCUGUUGUGGAAGGUGUCGGUGACCAUGGUUGUGAGUACAUGACUGGUGGUCGUGUUCUGAUCCUGGGCUCCACUGGACGUAACUUUGCUGCUGGUAUGUCUGGUGGUAUCGCUUACGUCUUGGACGUGAAGCAAGACUUCCACUCAAAGGUCAACUUGGAGAUGGUUGAAGUGAGUGGUCUGGAAGACCCAGCUGAGAUCGCCUUCGUCCGCGGUUUGAUUGAGGACCACCACCACUACACCGGCUCCGAGCUAGCUGCGCGCAUUCUCCUUGACUUCACUCGUGCACUUCCCCGCUUCGUUAAGGUUCUCCCCAUUGAUUACAAGCGAGUCAUGGAGGAAGAAGCUGCCAAGGCUAAGGCUGCCAAGAAGGCUGAGUUCUCUCUGCCUCAGCUGCCAGGUAUUCCUGCCAGUGUCGAGAAGUCACAUUCGACCCAUGAGGAGGGCAAGAAGGCUGAUCUGCUCGACAUCGAGGACAGCGUCAGCGAUUCCAAGACCGAGAAGAAGCGUUCCGCCCUCAUUCUAGACAAGACCCGGGGAUUCAUGAAGUACAAGCGUCGCAACGAGAAAUACCGCAACCCAGCCACUCGUACACGUGACUGGGCGGAGCUUUCUAGCCGCCUGAACGAGGACGAACUCAAGUACCAGUCCGCUCGCUGCAUGGACUGUGGUGUUCCUUUCUGCCAGUCUGACACUGGUUGUCCGAUUUCCAACAUUAUUCCUAAAUGGAACGAAUUGGUGUUCUCUAACCAGUGGCAGGAUGCACUUAACCGUCUCCUCAUGACCAACAAUUUCCCCGAAUUUACCGGACGUGUGUGCCCGGCUCCUUGUGAGGGUGCGUGUGUCCUGGGAAUCAAUGAGGAUCCCGUCGGUAUCAAGUCUAUCGAGUGUGCCAUCAUUGACCGUGGUUUUGAAAUGGGCUGGAUGGUCCCCAAGCCGCCUCCUGUGCGCACCGGCAAGACAGUUGCCAUUAUUGGUUCCGGCCCUGCUGGUCUCGCCGCCGCUGAUCAGCUUAACAAGGCCGGUCACAGCGUCACCGUGUAUGAGCGCGCUGACCGCAUUGGUGGUCUGCUCAUGUACGGAAUCCCCAACAUGAAGCUCGACAAGAAGGUCGUCCAGCGUCGUGUUGACUUGAUGGCUGCUGAGGGCAUCAAGUUUGUCACCAGCACUUUCGUUGGUCCCGACUCGGAUGUCUCCCUGCAAUCGCUGCGUGCGUCUAAUGAUGCCGUCGUCAUCGCUACCGGUGCUACGGUUGCGCGCGACCUGAAGGUUCCCAACCGCGAGCUCGAGGGUGUCCACUUUGCUAUGGAGUUCUUGCACCGCAACACCAAGUCUCUUCUCGACUCCGGCCUGGCCGACGGCGAGUACAUUUCUGCCAAGGACAAGCACGUUGUUGUCAUUGGAGGUGGAGACACUGGUAAUGACUGUAUUGGUACUUCAGUCCGCCACGGUGCCAAGUCCGUGACCAACUUUGAGCUUCUACCCCAGCCUCCGCCAGAGCGUGCCCGGGACAACCCAUGGCCCCAGUGGCCGCGUAUCUACCGUGUCGACUACGGUCACUCGGAAGUCAAGACUCACAUGGGUAAGGACCCCCGUGAGUACUGCGUCAUGUCCACGGAAUUCGUCGGCGAUGGAAACGGCCGCGUCAAGGGUAUCAACACCGUCCGCGUCGAAUGGACUAAGAGCGCCUCCGGCGGCUGGGACAUGAAGACUAUUGAGGGCAGUGAACAGUUCUUCCCCGCGGAUCUCGUGCUCCUCUCUAUGGGUUUCUUGGGACCCGAGGACCGUCUCCUCGGCGAUGAGAUUGAACGGGAUGCCCGCAAGAAUGUCAAGACCGCUCCAGGCCAGUACGCGACCAACGUUCCUGGUGUGUUCGCUGCUGGUGACUGCAGACGUGGACAGUCCCUCAUCGUUUGGGGUAUCAAUGAGGGUCGCCAGGCUGCUCGCGAGAUCGACACUUACCUAAUGGGUAUCGGCUCUCAGCUCCCUGUUACCGGUGGUAUCGUCCGCCGUGCUGCUGUUGACUGCCUCCCUGAGACCACGCAGAAGGUCCAGCCUGUUGCUGCGUAAAUGAACGGCAAUCAGUUCUACGCGUAGCGGUUGGUAGCAGGUCUACCCCAAGA